CUUUGGUAUUUUCUAUGCAAAGAAAAUCAGAAGUCUCUCAAACUGUUAAACUCAUGGAGAGCUUCUGGUCUUUCUAUUCCAAACAAAUGGACACCAAGAAAGAUGUGGAUCUCUCUUCUUUCUUACUCGUUGAAGCCUCUGGUGAUUCUGAGAGUGAUUUUGAUCCCAACUCAGCCAUUAAAGAUCAUGUUGAUGAUGAUGCACAAUCAUGCAGCUGCGAUGUGUCGGAUUACUAUUCUCGUGUUACUGAAGUUCAACAAGAAUCUGUUCAUGGAGUUGAUGAUCAUCAUAAGGAGGUGGGAAAGGAGCAGGAAGACGAGGUUCAUGGUUAUCAAGAAUGGGCUAAUGGGUUAACAGUGAAUCAGAAAUCAUGUGUUUCUGUUGAGUCGACCAAUGAAUCCAUGAAUGAGAUGGAGAAGAACAGGCUCUUCUGGGAGACUUGCUUGGCUUCCUAAACUUUUUCUCAUUCAUUUUGCAUGGUUUUCUUUUCAUUACUGUUUAAUUUUCUUUUCAUAUAUAGCUUCCCCUGAGCUUAGGGAUAGGGGUAAAGAGGUUAAGCAUAGCUCAAAUCCUUGAUAGGAAACAAAUGUACAGAUGAUAUGCUGCUUAUAAAUUAUGUUCUUUUUCCUUUUUGCA